AUGGACACCCAAUUAACUGAAAAACAAGUGUCGAAAUCCGGUGAAUUAACUGAAGUGACUGUGGACUCAACAUCUGAAGUUAAUUUAUCGACUGUAAUGAAUAAUACUUCAGAAUCACAAUCACAACUACAAAAUACUGCAAUUAAUAUAGAUGAUCGUUUUGGUCCUAGUUGUGCUUCUGUUUUAUCGGAUAUCGAAAUUUUUGACAAUAUAAUUAAACGAAGUAAAUGUGUAGAUCGUUAUCGACGAUUGUACCUUUUUAUAGGUUGUAUUCCAACACUUAUUAUUACAUGUUUAAUAUGGAUUAUAUGGGCCUGUAUAAAUUGUGACGAGAACGUUUCUUUCUGUGAAACAUCGCACACAUUACAUACAGUUGGUAUUGUAUUCGCUUGUGUCACUGCUUUGAUAUUCUUUUGGGCCAUUUAUUAUGGUGCAAAACAUUAUAUGAAUGAACGAAUUUAUGCAAUUUUACGGAAUAAUGUUCGUUAUUUAAUUAAACUUGAAGGUGAACAAUGGAUUUCAUACGUUAAUUAUUUAUACGGACCUGAUCGUGCGAGUUUUAUGCAUUUAGGAGCUGUUGGAGCUUUUACAUUUUGUUGUUGUCGUCGGCCACAUUACCAACAAUUGAUUGAACGAGGUUAUGGUUAUAUCGUCUUGUGUAAACAUGGUUUCGUACUUGAUGAAAUGUUCAGUGUCGUUCGUAAUGAUACACACAACAUUUUGAAAGUGGCACAUCUUUUGGGUACAGGAUUAAGGGUGUAUCUUCUUCGAACGGACGCCAAAGUUUUGUUCAGUAAUUAUGACAGCAUGGAAACACGAGCACGAAAAGCUCAAUUAGCAGCCAUUCAACAAACAACGCCAUUGGAUAUUUACUUACCCAAUACAAUAUCUGCAACUACAGCUGUUCUUCUCGCAUUACAGAUUGAACAUGGAAUCUAG